CCGCCGAUGUCGUGUCAACACCGUGUACAAAUGAAAGAAUGAAAAAAAACUACACCGCUCAGACAGCAAUUACGGAUUCUUGGCCAGCCGUCCAACAGACUCGCAGGAGUGAAAUAAAUAGCUGAAAUGUGUUCCAAACGAUGUUGAUCGUGGAAGUAUAUCACCACAGCCGUGCGCACUACGGAUCGAACCGUUUAAUCGCCACAUAGGCACUGAUUUUCCCAUAGACUUCUGUUGAAGGUACCAUACGCAAUCGCCCUUGCGCUGCUGGAUCGCGGUGAUAUCGACCAAUUCAUUCCCGCCCUAUUGUCUACGUCAGUACCUUAAAAGUUUUCCCUACCGGGCUUAUCAGUUGUGUGGUUCGUAAAAAGAAAAAAAAAAGAAGCUUACUACAAUGCUACCAUUAACGCAUAAAGAUUCACGUGGAUGCGGCUACCGGAUACGGGAAAAGUUCAACAGUUGGAGCCGGCUCAUUCUGUCGGAUCGCAAUUCGCGUAAUUUAUUUCUAUUUCUGCUGCUUAAUUUAAGCUUUGCCUUCGUCGAACUAAUGUAUGGCAUAUGGACGAACAGUUUAGGUUUGAUCUCCGAUUCGUUCCACAUGUUCUUCGACUGUACCGGGCUGUUGGCCGGUUUGGCUGCGUCCGUUAUUACCAAAUGGCGUGCAAACGAAAAGUAUUCCUACGGGUACGUUCGUGCUGAAGUGCUCGCCGGGUUUGUCAACAGUCUCUUUUUGCUGUUUAUCGCCUUCUUCAUUAUGUCCGAGGCAGUAGAGCGCGCUAUAGAGCCACCGGAAGUGAAACACGAACGAUUGUUUGUCGUAUCGGUGCUCGGACUGUUGGUAAACUUGGUCGGUAUCUAUGCAUUCCAGCACGGUGGAGCACACGGACAUUCGCAUGGCGGCGGUGGUGGCCACGGGCAUUCGCACGGCGGCGGAGGUGGUGGAAGUCAUGGACAUUCCCAUGGUGGUGGUAUGAAUCAUCACAGUCACGAUACUCACAGCCUGCUGUCCAACCACAACGAUCACCAUGGGCAUUCGCACGGUGGCAGUGAUCACCAUCACAGCCACGGAGGGGGAGAGAUCGUGUCCACCAAUUCGCAGAUCAUGCGCGGCGUCUUCCUGCACAUUCUAGCCGAUACGCUCGGUUCGGUUGGCGUUAUUAUAUCGGCUGUGCUGAUGCAGGUGUUUGGAUGGAUGAGAGCCGAUCCCAUCUGCAGCAUGUUCAUUGCGCUCACGAUCGGUCUCAGUACGCUUUCGCUGAUCAAAGAAUCGGUCAUGGUGCUGAUGCAGCGCCAGCCGGUGGCGCUUGAUCGAUUACUGCCGUCCUGCUAUCAGAAGGUGACCGGGCUGGCAGGCGUGUACAGCGUACAGGAGCCACAUUUUUGGACCCUCUGCACCGACGUGUACGUCGGUGUGAUCAAGCUGGAGGUAUCGAAAAACGUUGAUCCCAAGUACGUGGUACAGCAUACGCGCAUGAUCUUCGAAGCGAUCGGCGUGCGGCAGAUAAACAUACAGCUGGACUACACUGCAAUGUGAUAAUCCCGCGGUGUAGAACGCGUAUCGGACUGAAUGCUGCAAGAUGCGUGACGCUGCAAAUCUCCGGUUGUCUGUAAUGUUCGGUUCCAGCCUGUAUUCCUGUCCGGACACCACCGCAUUCGCUGUGCUGUUUUGGUACUGUUUUCUUCCUCUACGCCACUACCCUGUAGGCUGGAGUUUCCACGUUUUUCGUUUAGAUUUUAUUUCAUAGGGCCGCCACCUAGUGGGAGAAGUAUUGCAAACAAACAUUUCAGACGUUCGUACGAGGUAGAAUAUAACUUAAGUCUUGUUUUACAAAACAAUAACUACUUACUGCUUCGUUGGGCAUUGUUUCUUCCUCUUCUAAGCGAUAAAUAGUGUGCACACUUGGUGUUGAGACAGGAUCUAAAGAAGCCAAAUCUACAAACAGUGGCUCGGUUCUCGCGUCACUGCCACAUGUUACUCUUGUGCGAAUCUGUCGUGGCCGUUCUGCAAAUUAACUUUAAACUGUUAACACACACACGCCGUCAGGGUACCAUUAUGCGCGCCCUUUGCUCAAGGUAGAACCGAAGGACUGGCAGCGGGCAUCGAUAUCGUAAGAUUUAUUUCCAAUGAAUCGUGAAUGCAAAGUUCAUGCUAUAAUAGACUAUACGUAGUUAAGUGGGACAUACUUGCAAAAAUAGAAUGUAACAGAAGCUAGCAGAAAAUGGUAAAGCAUGGCAUGGUAUUGCAUUUCAUUUUACAUUGUCUACCUUUGUAGAAAGGCGGGAACGCUGCUGGAAGAAAACACAUUUCUGUUAAUGUUAAAAGAAUGA